GGAAAUGAGAAGAGAAAUACUACCAUGGUUUUCGACCCUCGUCUUUCUGUGCCUGCUUGCUCUAUCUGCAUGCGAAAGCACUUCUGUAGUACCUAAAGCUGUUGAUCAUGGACCUCAGAAGAAAGAGAAGCAACUUAAGGAUGCGUAUAAUAUAAUGACCAAAUCAAGUCGAAAAGAAGGCAAUCAAAGAACAUAUGGGAAAAUGCAUGCAGUUCAUCACUUGAAGGUUUCCCAGAAAACAAAGGGAACACAGGGUGGUGCCUCGGACCUUAACCGUCCAAAAACCAGUUAUAGUGCAGCAUCCUCUUUCCUGGGUAAACCACCCACUUCAUUAUUCUCAGCGGUAUUCAGGCGUGUUACUAUCGGAUGGUUCAUAUUUGCUCUAUAUUGAUUGCCUGUACUGAUUCUGCUGAAGAUGAUUUAGGACUCAUCCUGUAAUUCAGGAACUUUGUUUUCAACAAAGUUUCCAAUGUUAAUUACUGCCUCUUUUCAAUCCGUUGCUUUAGCAAGGGUACUUAUCAAAUUCGCCUACUUAAAUUCAACUGUAUUGUGUAUAAUGGUGUAAAAUCAAAGAAAAUGAUUCUCCUAGAUUCCAAGUAGGAGGUGGAAGCAAAGCACAAACAAGUUCAACGAAGAAUGUAA